AUGGGAGACGGAAAUCACAGGAAUGAUACUGAGGAUAAAGGGCUGUUUUCUAAUCUUGCUGCAUAUGCCGCUGGAGCUGGACACUACCCCCGUCCUCCAGCAUACCCCCCACAAGGGGCAUACCCUCCUUCACCAUACCCUCCACAAGGGGCAUACCCUCCUCCACCAUACCCCCCACAAGGAUAUCCCUCACAUGGUUAUCCACCACAUGGUUACUCUCCACAAGGCUAUCCACCUCCUGUUGGGUACCCACCAGCAGGCUAUGCUCCUGCAGGAUAUCCGCCACCAGCAUAUCCACCACCAGGUGGAUACCCUCCAUCAGGUUAUCCCGGUCCAUCCCACUCAGGUCAUGGAUCUGGUAUGGGAGCAGCUUUAGCAGGGGGUGCUGCAGUGGCUGCAGCUGCUUAUGGGGCACACCAUCUGGCACACGGUGGAUACCACCACCAGGGGGGAUUUUUCGGCCACCAUGGAAAGUUUAAGCAUGGGAAGUUUGGCAAGCGUUGGAAGCAUCAUGGCAUGUUCGGAAAGCAUGCAGACUGCAGACGCUGGUUGUCUGAUUCCAUUAAUGGCGAGGUAAAAUCUGAUUCCAUUAAUGGCGAGGUUUUCUCAUGGCUUGAUGGAUUUCCUGAUGAGUCAGUUAUGUAUAUUUGUUUUGGGAGUCAAAAGGUGCUCAAGAAAGCACAAAUGGAGGCUUUGGCAAAUGGGAUCGACUGGAGUGGAGUCCGGUUCAUAUGGGUGGCGAAGCCGCUGACAGCGGAGCAAUUGGCGGAGGGUUUUGGAUCGGUCCUUGAGGGGUUCGAACAGAGGCAGAGCGUUGUUCUUCAUUGGAAUCACAAGGGGGGAGCUCUUCAAGCAUAUCUGAAUUGGAGAGUAAACCGCUUCAAGGUGUUCAAGAAAGCACAAAUGGAGGCUUUGGCAAAUGGGCUCGACCGGAGUGGAGUCCCGUUCAUAUGGGUGGCGAUGCCGUUGAAUGCGGAGCAAUUAGCGAAGGGUUUUGGAUCGCUCCUUGAGGGAUUCGAAUAG